UAAGCCACGUCAUACCACGUAACACGUGUCGAUCUCGUAUGUGACCUUUCUUUUUUACUUUUUCCACUCUCUCUGCCACUUACUUUCUCGGUGGAGAGUUGCAGAGCAGCGAUGGUGUCAAAAUCAAGCGACUCUGCUUCUAAAUUCAGAGUCAGUUUCCUCACUAUAUUCAUUUCUCUGAUAUCUAAAUCAGAUGGAGAACCGUCAAAUAACGGUAUUAGAAACCUGACAUACAAGAUGAAUCAGCUUAAAAGACAAAUUCAAGCGGAAAGGGUUGUUUCGAUAAAGGAUAAAGUUGAGAGAAACAGAAGGAAACUUGUAGCUGAUGUUUCUCAGCUAAGAUUAGCAACUUCAAGAACGUUUAUGGGGCAGAAUGGAGUUUCUAAAAUGAUUUCUUUGAGGAUCGGAGCUCCUCUUUGUAAGUAUGGUGGAUUCGCUCAAGAAUCGGGUGAUAGAGAUCUUAUCAAUGGUCAUGAAGUAGCAGUCUCAACAAGUACCAAGCUUCCGUUUGUAGAGAAGAUACCUCCGUAUACUACCUGGAUAUUUUUGGACAAGAAUCAGAGGAUGGCUGAAGACCAGUCAGUGGUUGGCAGGAGACGCAUAUACUAUGAUCAACAUGGCAGUGAAGCUCUGAUUUGUAGUGACAGCGAAGAAGACAUAGAACCAGUGGAAGAGAAACAUGAAUUUUCUGAGGGUGAAGAUCGCUUUUUGUGGAUGGUCUUUCAGGAACUUGGAGUAGCUGAGGAGGUACUGAAUAUUGUUAGCCAGUUUAUUGGAGUUGGCACUUCAGAAAUCCAGGAGCGUUGUAGGAUGCUCGUGGAAAAAUAUAGCAAUGACCAAAAUGUCAAAGAUUCUAUUGAUUCAGUAUCUGAGAGGGGCAUAUCUCUGGAAAAAAGCCUUGGUGCUGCUUUAGAUUCUUUUGAUAACCUAUUCUGUCGCCGUUGCUUGCUAUUUGACUGCCGCCUCCAUGGCUGUUCCCAAACUUUGAUCAAUCCUAGUGAAAAGCCGUCAUGCUGGUCUGAAUAUGAAGAUGAUAGGAAACCUUGCAGUGAUCAAUGUAGCCUUCAGAUAAGAGGGAAUAGGAAUAGGAAUAGGAGAGGUCAACUUUCUGUGCUAAGAGUUCUCAAAGACUUGCCUGAAGGUUCUGUUAAUAGUCCCUUGCAUAGGACAGAAACUGCAACUUCAGCUGAGGAAAAAAAGACUGCAGCAGCCUCAGAUGCUGAAGAGCCAAGCAGUGUAGACCUCAUGAUAGAUGAAAGAUGUAUUUCAGAGAAAGAAAUAACUGUUAUUUCAGAAGCUGCUGGUAACUUGGAACCUGCUUCUGGAGCUCUGAAUUUGGAUAUUUCUGCUAUGGUGAUACAUAACCAAGAAUACAUGCGAAAGCGCAAAGUGUCACAAUGUACAGAUAUAGCAUCAGAUGACUCAUCGAAGUUUCCUGAUGAUACACAGGAUUUUAGUAAGAAACAGAAAAGAUUAUUGCAUUUGGAUGUUGCUGCUGAAGAUAUAUCAAGUCCUGGUUGCGGAUCAACUGCUAAAAAAGCAACUGAUCAAAUUGAAUUUCAGAUGACCACAAAAAAGACUACCAAUGUUUCCUUUGAAAUAGCUUCUUCUGGCACUGAGGAGAGCAUUGGGGAUGGAUCAAAUAAUGUCUUUGAAGUGCCCGAACCAAAAUGGUCAUCCUCAGUAGAAAGUCAAGUGGAAGGGGUUUUAAAAAAGUCUGAGUGGAAGCCUAUUGAAAAAGAACUAUAUCUGAAGGGAGUGGAGAUAUUCGGGAAAAACAGUUGUCUUAUUGCAAGGAACUUACUUUCAGGCUUAAAGACUUGUAUAGAGGUGUCCAAUUACAUGCGUGAAAGUGGAGCUAUGAUGCCUCAUAGAUCUGUUGCCCCAAGAUCAUUUCUAGAAGACAGUGGGAAGAUUGAUAUAGAGUAUGCGGAGCAAGAUAUGCCAACAAGAUCACGUUUACUUCGUAGGAGGGGGAGAGCACGGAAACUUAAAUAUUCUUGGAAGUCUGCUGGUCAUCCAUCAUUUUGGAAAAGAAUUGCUGAUUGCAAAAAUCAGUCCUGUAAGCAGUAUACACCUUGUGGAUGCCAGUCAAUGUGUGGAAAACAGUGCCCUUGUCUGCAUGAUGGAACUUGCUGUGAGAAAUAUUGCGGGUGCUCGAAAAUUUAAAAAAACCGCUUCAGGGGUUUCCACUGUCCAAAGAGCCAAGGCAGAAGUCGACAAUGCCCAUGUUUUGCUGCUGGACGCGAAUGUGACCCGGAUAUUUGUAGGAAUUGUUGGGUUAGCUGUGGAGAUGGUUCAUUAGGGGAGCCUCCAAAACGAGGAGACGGCCAAUGUGGAAACAUGAGGCUUCUUCUAAGGCAGCAGCAGAGGAUCCUCCUGGCAAAAUCUGAUGUUUCUGGGUGGGGAGCCUUUUUAAAGAAACCCGUCAACAAAAAUGAUUAUCUUGGAGAAUAUACUGGCGAAUUGAUCUCUCAUCGAGAAGCGGAUAAGCGUGGGAAAAUCUAUGAUCGUGCUAACUCAUCAUUUCUUUUUGACUUGAAUGAUCAGUUUGUCCUUGAUGCUUACCGGAAGGGGGAUAAGCUGAAAUUUGCGAACCAUUCAUCAAAUCCUAAUUGCUAUGCAAAGGUAAUGCUGGUAGUAGGAGACCAUCGAGUAGGCAUCUUUGCAAACGAGCGUAUAGAAGCUAGCGAGGAGCUAUUCUAUGAUUAUCGUUAUGGGCCAGACCAGACACCUGCAUGGGCUCGAAAACCCGAAGGUUCCAAAAGAGAUGAUUCCACAGUUUCCCAAGGCGUGUGUGAGAAGCUUGGUGAUUCCAGAAUGAUGAAUUUCUUUCAGUUUCCAUUAAAUUGAAUCUCGAGCAAACACCUCAGCCUCCUUCGGAAAACAAAGAAAACGAGAAUUUCCGUGUUUCUGAGACGCUACAUGACCGCCAACAAGUUUAAGAUGCAGAAAAAACUAAAAGAAUGUACAAGCUAAGAUGUAACCCCUCGUUUAGAUAGCAGAUGAAAAUACAAAAAUUCAUUCCACGUAUCUGGAACGCCAGGAAUACACCAGUGGCUGCAAUCUUGAAUACUUGAGCGCUUACCAGCAUAUAUGUAUGGAUGCUCGCCUAUCCUAAAUCCAGAGAAAAUGGUUAUAUUUUGAAAGUUACUGGAGUUUUCAUGUGCUC